AUGGGAUCGGUGUCAACUGCGGGCGAGGCCGUCGCGAGGAUCGCUUAUCUCUCGAGCGACCUUGUCUUGUCUGUGCAGCCAUCCCUUCCAGGCCGAUUCGCUCUUUUCAAAACACCUCAGGAAACUCUCUGCGGACAAUGUGCGGGGAAUAGUGUCGCAGGGGUUCCCGGAGGUAUGAUCCGCUCCCUUCGCCAGAAUGAGGACCCGCUACUAUCGGCCUUCCAGCCGUUGCAGUCGGGGCACCGCGUUGCUCUCACUGCCUCUUCUUCUGUCCUCCUUCCAUCCAUACCCUACCUAUAUAAACUGGCAAACUACCCCCUCGUCAUUCAUGUUUGUCUGGAUCCAGCCCCUUUCCCCGAUUACUCCGUGGUUAGCUCUAUCCGCCAAUGUGGAUUUUCCUUUCUGCAUUCAGAAACAUUGCAAGAGGCUCAGGAUAUUGCCUUGACCGCACAUUCUCUUGCGGCAAAGUCGGGGAAAGGAGUGAUCCAUUUCUUCGACGCAACCAAUUCCCACCAGGAUAAGCCGAUUGCGUCGGAGGAUCCGGAGCUCGUGAAGAAAAUCCUGGAUUUGGAACUUGUUCAGCACGCUCACGUGUCGUCGAAUGCUCCGCACACAUUGUAUGCGAACUCGGGGCGUGUGGCUACCAUUGUGGAGGAAGAUCUGGGAGCAAGCGAGGGACACGCUACCGGUUUAUCCGCUUCCCAGCUUUCAUUGCCGCUGAAUACGUCUGCCAAUGGGCAUUUCUCCGCCUCCUCGUCCGGGAGCGACAGCGGCUCGGAUGGCGUUCCCGCGAGUUCAUCAGCCACGACAGUGGAACCCUUAACUGUACGGCCCGUGGACGCUUCUGAUAUCUUCCAAAUAACCAGCAAAAUAUGGGAUGCAUUGUCGCAGUUAUCUGGGCGUCAGUAUCAUGCUAUCGAAUACGUGGGACCGGAUAAUGCGCAAUCGGCCAUCUUCGUUUUCGGCUCCACCGGCGUCCUUGUCGAUGUCCUCAGGAACCCGAGCAGCAAAGCCGAUUUCGCAAACGUUGGAGUCAUCACUGCUCGUCUCUAUCGUCCCUGGAUUGGUGGCCAAAUAUCUCAUACUAUCCCGAAGUCGAUCGAGCGCAUUGCAGUCAUGGAGCAGGUGCGUAAGACUACUCGAUGGGGCCCUGCGUUCCUGGACCUUUUGUCAAGCUUGUCGCAACCAGCCAAUAGCGGAAGGGCUCCUCAACUUGUCGGUUAUAGACUGGGGUAUAUCGAGCCUUCAACAGCUUCCCAAACCCUCCGCGACAUAUUUCAGAACCUUGAGGCCGACUCACCAAUCCAGAACCUUCAAGUUGGCAGGGAAAAAGUUCCAGAGGAGAUCUCCACAGCCAUCAGCGUUCCAGAGCAACCUGAGGCCGAAAACGCAUAUAUGAAGAUUUUGAACCAACUUUUCAGCGCUCGGCUUUACGUUGCCAAUCAGCUUGGUUCCGAGAAUGCAGGGAUCUCUAGCACAAUUGCCUCCACACCAGAACUUGGCUUUCGCGGUGGGCAUUAA